GUAUGGACCUCUUGCACUGUUUGCCAUAAGAUUAUUUUAUUUAUGGUGUUCAAUGUUUAUACUUGGGCGUGAGCGGGGCGGACCAACGGAGGGUUUCUUUGAAACACGCUGGCAGGUGGGAAAGGGCGACCGACCGAGUAACGACAGCGUUAAUGAAACUUUGUUACAGAUUUCGUUAUGGGUAAGAAACUUUCUGACAGCUUCUUAUUUAUUUAACCCAAUAGUUCUAAGUGCAACAGGCGUAGUCGUAUCGUGCAAUUUAUUUUUUGUUGCACCAAAACGACGUUGGUUUAACUCGAUAUCAUGCUCUCAUUCUGCACUCAUAAGCGACUAGAGAUAGAGAACAUUAUAUUUUCACAACGUGUCUUCCGAAUGCUGCAUUUGAAGUUUUUGAUACAAUUAUAAUUUACUUUUAUGUUCUUAUCAAUAUGUAGUAUUGCCUCCUUUUACUUUUGUGUUAGCCGUCAGUACGACUAAAACGGCAUACUUCUGUGUCAUCUUUACAAUAGUUCAACAAUGUAACAAUGUUCUUCAUGAUUAUCUGGUGAGGUGCAACAUGGUUAUCGUGAAAUGAUAGCCUACACGUGUUGUAUAAAACCUCACCCAAACGUCUUGCACCGGAACAUUCGGAUUCUGAGAUGGGCUGGGCAUCCUGGGAUAUCCCCCCGAUAUGUGUGUGUGUAUAUAUAUAUAUAUAUCUACACACAAUACCCCAUAAUGACAAAGCGAAAACAGGUUGAAAAAUGUCUGCAAAUUUAUAAAAAAUUAAAAACAGAAACCUUAUUUACAUAAGUAUUCAGACCCUUUGCUAUGAGACUUGAAAUUGAGCUCAGGUGCAUUAUGUUUCCAUUGAUCAUCCUUGAGAUGUUUCUACAACUAGAUUGGAGUCCACCUGUGGGAAAUUCAAUUGAUUGGACAUGAUUUGUCAGAGCAAAAACCAAGCCAUGAGGUCUAAGGAAUUGUCCGUAGAGCUCAGAGACAGGAUUGCGUCGAGGCACAGAUCUGGGGUACCAAAAUAAUUCUGCAGCAUUGAAGGUCCCCAAGAACACAGUGGCCUCCAUCAUUCUUAAAUGGAAGAAGUUUGGAACAACCAAGACUCUUCCUAGAGCUGGCCGCCCGGCCAAACGGAGCAAUCGGGGGAGAAGGGCCUUGGUCAGGGAGGUGACCAAGAACCCGAUGGUCACUCUGACAGAGCUCCAGAGUUCCUCUGUGGAGAUGGGAGAAACUUCCAAAAGGACAACCAUCUCUGCAGCACUCCACCAAUCAGGCCUUUAUGGUAGAGUGGCCAGACGGAAGCCACUGUUCUGUAAAAAGGCACAACAGCCCGAUUGGAGUUUGCCAAAAUGCACCUAAAGACUCUCAGACCAUGAGAAACAAGAUUCUCUGGUCUGAUGAAACCAAGAUUGAACUCUUUGGCCUGAAUGCCAAGCGUCACGUCUGGAGGAAACCUGGCACCAUCCCUACGGUGAAGCAUGGUGGUGGCAGCAUCAUGCAGUGCGGAUGUUUUUCAGCGGCAGGGACUGGGAGACUAGUCAGGAUCAAGGCAAAGAUGGACGGAGCAAAGUACAGAGAGAUCCUUGAUGAAAACCUGCUCCAGAGCGCUCAGGACCUCAGACUGGGGCGAAGGUUCACCUUCCAACAGGACAACGACCCUAAGCACACAGCCAAGACAAUGCAGUAGUGGCUUCGGGACAAGUCUCUGAAUAUCCUUGAGUGGCCCAGCCAGAGCCCAGACUUGAACCCAAUCGAACAUCUCUGGAGAGACCUGAAAAUAGCUGUGCAGCAUCGCUUCCCAUCCAACCUGACAGAGCUUGAGAGGAUCUGCAGAGAAGAAUGGGAGAAACUCCCCAAAUACAGGUGUGCCAACCUUGUAGCGUCAUACCCAAGAAGACUCGAGGCUGUAAUCGCUGCCAAAGGUGCUUCAACAAAGUACUGACUAAAGGGUCUGAAUACUUAUAUAAAUGUGAUAUUUCAGUUUAUUUCUAAUAAAUUAGCAAAAAUGUCUAAACCUGUUUUUGCUUUGUCGUUUUGGGGAAUAAACGAUUUAAUCAAUUUUAGAAUAAGGCUGUAAAGUAACAAAAUGUGGAAAAAGUCAGUGGGUCUGAAUACUUCUGAAUGCACUAAUAUAUAUAUAUAUAUAUAACACACACACGGUAUCAGUCAAAAGUUUGGACACACCUACUCAUUCCAGGGUUUUUCUUAAUUUUUUAAAACUAUUUUCUACAUUGUAGAAUAAUAGUGAAGACAUCAAAACUAUGAAAUAACACAUAUGGAAUAAUGUAGUAACCAAAAAAAGUGUUAAACAAAUCAAAAUGUAUUUUAUGUGAGGUUCUUCAAAUAGCCACCCUUUGCCUUGAUGACAGCUUUGCACACUUGGCAUUGUCUCAACCAGUUUCAUGAGGUAGUCACCUGGAAUGCAUUAUAAUUAACAGGUGUGCAUUGUUAAAAGUUAUUUUGUGCAAUGUCUUUCCUUCUUAAUGCGUUUGAGGCAAUCAGUUGUGUUUUGACAAGGUAGGGGUGGUAUACAGAAGAUAGCCCUAUUUGGUAAAAGACCAAGUCCAUAUUAUGGCAAGAACAGCUCAAAUAAGCAGAGAGAAACGACAGUCCAUCAUUACUUUAAGACAUGAAGGUCAGUAAAUCCGGAAAAUGUCAUGAAUUUUGCAAGUUUCUUCAAGUGCAGUCACAAAAACCAUCCAACCGCCAUGUCAUCCAAUGCAGCGUAGGUGAACGGAUGAUAUCCGCAUGUGUGGUUCCCACCAUGAAGAAUGGAGGAGGAGGUGGGAUGGUGUAGGUGUGCUUUACUGGUGACACUCAGUCAUUUAUUUAGAAUUCAAGGCACACUUAACCAGCAUGGCUACCACAGCAUUCUGCAGCGAUACGCCAUCUUAUCUGAUUUGCGCUUAGUGGGACUGUCAUUUGCUUUUCAACAGGACAAUGACUUAAAACACACCUCCAGGCUCUGUAAGGGCUAUUUGACCAAGAAGGAGAGUGAUGGAGUGCAGCAUCAGAUGACCUGGCCUCCACAAUCACCCUACCUCAACCCAAUUGAGAUGGUUUAGGAUGAGUUGGACCGCAGAGUGAAGGAAAAGCAGCCAACAAGUGCUCAGCAUAUGUGGGAACUCUUUCAAGACUGUUAUAAAAGCAUUCCUCAUGAAGCUGGUUGAGAGAAUGCCUUGAUGACAGCUUUGCACACUCUUGGCAAAGGGUGGCUAUUUGAAGAAUCUCAAAUAUAAAAUAUUUUGAUUUAACACUUUGUUGGUUACUACAUGAUUCCAUAUGUGUUAUUUCAUAGUUUUGAUGUCUUCUACCUUUGAAUGAGUAGGUGUUCUAAAACUUUUGACCGGUAGUGUAUAUACUGUAAUCUAGUCAUGGCUCAUCCUAUAUAAUUAAUUUUUAGAUUUUUCUGGAUUGUGUGUAUUGUUUUAUUUAUUGCAAGGCAUUACUGCACUGUUGGAGCUUGAAACACAAGCAUUUCGCUUUCAGUUUGGAGUAAAUGGUUUCUGUUACAAAACGUUUCGUAACAAACAAAACGAUUUGCAACAGAAUCGGCCUAAUGAAUACACCCCAGGUGUGAUUAAAAUGCAUGAAACUACACAGGAGGUAAAGUGUGACCAGUUCCUUCACAUCACUACAGAUGAAGGAAAGACACUAGGUGAUGAAACUCCACAGUUACAUUUUCUUCUUCCUCCACUCAACGCCCAAACUAUUUGUUAACGGGUUAAGCAUACUCCUACUUUUUUCGUUUUUUCAAAAUGGCAUUUUGCAGUGUUGUGUGGCGAGAUGUAAACUGCCCAAGUAAAAACAUGUUUUUAGAACAUUUUGCAAAUGUAUUGAAUGAAAUACAGAAAUAUCUUAAUUUACAUAAUUAUUCACACCCCUGAGUACUUUGUAGAAGCACCUUUGGCGGUGAUUACAGCUUUGAGUCGUCUUGGGUUUGUCUGUAUCAGCUUUGCACAUCUGGAUUUGGGGAUUUUCUCCCAUGCAGAUUUUCUCAAGCUCUGUUAAGUUAGAUGGGGAGUGGUGGCGAAUAGCAAGGCUCCAUUCAUUGUUCCCUCUAUCCUUACCAGUCUCCCAGUCCCUGCUGCUGAAAAGCGUCCCCAUAGUAUGAUGCUGCCACCACCAUGCUUCAUGGUAGGGAUGGUGUUAGAUGGGUGAUUAGCUGUCAAAGCACUUUGCAUUCAGGCCAAAGAGUUCAAUUUUUGUCUCAUCAGACCAUGAGGCAAAAGAUUAUAUCUUUCACGUGCCUUUUUGCAAACUCCAGGCAUGCUAUCAUGUGCCUUUUUCUCAGGAGUGGCUUCCGUCUAGCCACUCCCAUAAAGCCCGGAUUGGUGAAGUGCUGUAGAGACUGUUGUCAUUCUGGGAGGUUCUCCCAUCUCAGCCAAGGAGCUCUGUAGUUCUUUCAGAGUGGUCAUUCCUCCCUGACCAAGGUCCUUCUUGCCCGGUUGCUCAGUUUGAUCGGACAGCCAGCUCAAGGCAGAGUCUGGGUAGUAACAUAUUUCCCAAUGACUGAGAACAUUGUGCUCUUGGAAACUCUAGGAAUUGUUUUAUACCCAUCCCCAGAUAUAUGCCUCAUCACAAUUCUAUCUCGGAGAUCUACUUCAUGGUAUAGUUUCUGGUCUGACAUGCGCUGUCAACUGUGGGACCUUCUAUAGACAGGUGCGUUUCCAAAUCAAAUGAAUUGGCCACAGGUGGACUCCAAUCAAGUUAUAGUGACAUCUCAAAGAUGAUAAAAGGAAAUGGGAUGCACCUGAGCUCAAAUUGGAGUGUCAUAGCAAAGGGGUGUGAAUAAUUACACUACCAGUCAAAAGUUUGGACACACCUACUCAUUCAAGGGUUUUUCUUAAUUUUUUACAAUUUUUUACAUUGUGGAAUAAUAGUGAAGACAUCAAAACUAUGAAAUAACACAUAUGGAAUCACGUAGUAACCAAAAAAGUGUUAAACAAAUCAAAAUAUAUUUUAUAUUUGAGAUUCUUCUAAUAGCCACCCUUUGCCUUGAUGACAGCUUUGCACACUCUUGGCAUUCUCUCAACCAGCUUCAUGAGAUAGUCACCUGGAAAGCAUUUCAAUUAAAAGGUGUGCCUUGUUAAAAGUUAAUUUUAAGUUUGAGCCAAUUAGUUGUGUUGUGGCAAGAACAGCUCAAAUAAGCAAAGAGAAACAACAGUCCAUCAUUACUAUAAGACAUGAAGGUCAGUCAAUACGGAACAUUUCAAGAACUUUGAACGUUUCUUCAAGUGCAGUCGCAAAAACCAUCAAGCGCUAUGAUGAAACUGGCUGUCAUGAGGACCGCCACAGGAAUGGAAGACCCAGAUUUACCUCUGCUGCAGAGGAUAAGUUCAUUAGUUACCAGCAUCAGAAAUUAGAACAUUCAGAAUUCAAGUAACAGACACAUCUCAACAUCAACUGUUCAGAGGAGACUGGGUGAAUCAGGCCUUCAUGGUCGAAUUGCUGCAAAGAAACCACUUCUAAAGGACACCAAUAAUAAUAAGAGACUUACUUGGGCCAAGACACCCGAGCAAUGGACAUUAGACCGGUGGAAAUUUCUCCUUUGGUCUGGAGUCCAAAUUUGAGAUUUUUGGUUCUAACCGCCGUGUCUUUGUGAGACGCGGUGUGGGUGAACGGAUGAUCUCUGCAUGUGUAGUUCCCACCGUAAAGCAUGGAAGAGGAGGUGUGAUGGUGUGGGGGUGCUUUGCUGGUGACACUGUCUGUGAUUUAUUUAGAAUUCAAGGCACACUUAACCAGCAUGACCACCACAGCAUUCUGCAGUGAUACGCCAUCCCAUGUGGUUUGGGCUUAGUGGGACUAUCAUUUGUUUUUCAACAGGACAAUGACCCAACACACCUCCAGGCUGUGUAAGGGCUAUUUUACCAAGAAGGAGAGCAAUGGAGUGCUGCAUCAGAUGACCUGGCCUUCACAAUCACCCAACCUCAACCCAAUUGAGAUGGUUUGGGAUGAGUCGGACCGCAGAGUGAAGGAAAAGCAGCCUUUGCACACUCUUGGCAUUUAACACUUUUUUUGGUUACUACAUGAUUCCAUAUGUGUUAUUUCAUAGUUGUGAUGUUUUCACUAUUAUUCUACAAUGUAGAAAAUAGUAAAAAUAAAGAAAAACCCUUGAUUGAGUAGGUGUGUCCAAACUUUUGACUGGUAUUGUAUAUAAAUUAGAUUUCUGUAUUUUCAAUAAAUGUAGCACAUUCAAAAAAACAUGUUUUCACUUUGUCAUUAUGGAGUAUUGUGUGCAGAUGGGUGAAGGGGGAAAAAAUAUGCUUGAAUUCAGGCUGUAACAAAACUAAAUGUGGAUUAAAUCAAGGGGUAUGAAUACUUUCUGAAUGGACUGUAUGUCUUCAAUGGUAAAGUAAUUGGAUUUGUGUGGGGCUGUAAAUAAUUUAUGUUGCAUUAUACUCUUUUUCCUCCUCCUCAGCAACUUGCCAGAACUGAAUAUAAGUAUAGAGCUUGGUUAAGUAUGGAGCAUGGUUCCCUGACUGGCGGUGCUAUUUUAUUUCCAUCAAUCCCCCCCCCCCCCCCCCCUCCAUGUUUUGUGAGCAAAAUAUUAUUUUUUAUAUUGGACAGAAAAUACAAUUAAAAAAACGCCAGCAAGUCAGCCCCAAGUGACUGACAUUUUGGAAAUCUGUUCCAAAGUAUUCCAAUGUAUAAUGUAAGCAAGGUUUGAAAUGAUUGUUUUAGUCAAAUAUUACUAGGCUUCUUUCUCAUUGCGCUGUUUAUUUUACACCAUUCUGCUCAUGAUUUAGUCAAUCUGUCAACCCCCUUAUCUCAGAAAAGAUUAAUGGUUAACCUGAGGAAAUAGGUGUUUGACUUGCACAGGCCGAUCCUGUCCGACACACUGAUUGUGUCUGUUGAUUGAUGAAAAGUGUUGGUCCAAUGUUUCAUGAGCUGAAAUAAAAGAUCCCAGAAAUGUUCCAUACCCCCAAAAUCUUAUUUCUCUAAAAUAAAUUGCACAAAUUAGUUUAAUUCCCUGUUAGUGAGCAUUUCUCCUUUACCAAGAUGAUCCAUCCACCUGACAGGUGUGGCAUAUCAAGAAGCUGAUUUAAACAGCAUGAUCAUUACACAGGUGCACCUUGUGCUGGGGACAAUAAAAGGCCACUCUAAACUGUGCCGUUUUGUCACACAACACAAUGCCAUAAAUGUUUCAAGUUUUGAGGGAGCGUGCAAUUGGCAUGCUGACUGCAGGAAUUUCCACCAGAGCUGUUGCCAGAUAAUUGAAUGUUAAUUUCUCUACCAUAAGCUGCCUCCAAUGUCGUUUUAGAGAAUUUGUCAGUAUGUCCAACUGGCCUCACAACCACAGACCAUGUGAAUGGUGGUGUGUGGGCGAGCGAUUUGCUGAAGUCAACGCUGUGAACAACGAGUGCCCCAUGGUGGCGGAGGGGUUAUGGAUGGGCAGGCAUAAGCUAUGGACAACAAACACAAUUGCAUUUUAUCGAUGGCAACUUGAAUGCACAGAGAUACCAUGACGAGAUGCUAAGGCCCAUUGUCGUGCCAUUCAUCUGCCGCCAUCGCAUGUUUCAGCAUGAUAAUGCACAGCCCCAUGUCGCAAGGAUCUGUAAACAAUUCCUAGAAGCUGAAAAUGUUCAAUUUCUUCCAUGGCCUGCAUACUCACCAGACAUGUAACCCAUUGAGCAUGUAUUGGAUGCUCUGGAUCGACGUGUACGACAGCGUGUUCCAGUUCCCGCCAAUGUCCAGCAACUUCGCACAGCCAUUGAAGAGGAGUGGGACAACAUUCCACAGGCCACAAUCAACAGCCUGAUCAACUCUAUGCGAAGGAGAUGUCACGCUGCAUGAGGCAAAUGGUGGUAACACCAGAUACUGACUUUUUUUUUUAAAUCCACGACCCUACCUUUUAAAAAAAAAAAAAAAGGUAUUUGUGACCAACAGAUGCAUAUCUGUAUUCCCAGUCAUGUGAAAUCCAUAAAUUAGGGCCUAAUGAUUUUUUUUCAAAUGACUGAUUUCCUUAUGUGAUCUGUAACUCAGUAAAAUCUUUGAAAUUGUUGCAUGUUGCAUUUUAUAUUUUUGUUCAGUAUAGUUCCCGAGCACCCAAGACAUUUCUAUACAAUAGGUUAGUCUGGUAGCACUCUUGAGGCUAUGUUCCAAUUCUGUUCUUCUGAUUGGCUUUCUUCUAUGCUCUGGGUAGAAAUCAAGGAUCUAAGAUUUAAUUCCUCCUAAAUUAAACUUGGGAUCGAAUCUUAUAAAGGGCGACUAAUUUCACCGAUCUCGUAAUGAAUGGGUGCUAUGAUGCGAUGAUGAAAGUAUGUACCACAUCUCUUUCUCUCUCUUUCACUCUCUUCUCAAUCUCACUCUCUGGGAAGAGGCUAAAGGGUCCGGCUUUCUGUCUGAGCUACAUACGUUAAAGAGAUUUUAGGGGCGUCCCAGACCUAAAAUGAUUGCCCAACUCACCCGCACCCCCUCAGUCACAGGCCCAUUGGCCUCAUACUUUAGGAAGCUGGUGCAACAUGUAUAGCCAGCAGUUAAGUUUUGGCAAAAUAAUACUUUUUAGAAAAAUGUAUUCUAGAUUACAAGGGGUCAAAGUUAAGAAGGUAGAAGACAGACAUUUGGCUAUCAUCAUUUUGAGUGGUUAUUGUAUCUCAAUUUCCUUGUAAGGCUGAAUUAUUCAAUGUGUCUGAUCAUAGGGAUAAGUGAUGGGAGUUGUUCAUUCUCCAGUAAGUCUCAUUACUGAUAUGAGUAGAGGGUUUUAUUUCUCCCGUAAGAGAUUGAGAGGAAUUAUGUCAUGCUGAAUUGAAUGACUGUGGAUGCCAUUCAUACCAUCCUCAUGCCUGUGGUAUAAUGCAAUGUCAUGUGGAAUGCACAUGUAAGUACUAUAUUGUUGCACAUGAAUCUUUUGAGUUGGCAUUUAAAAUUGGUCAUUUUUAUUGAUGACAAUUCAAUACUUUUUAUCUCAUGGAGACAUGCCCUGGUCAGUGAGUUGCCGGUACAAUAUUUGAUUCUAAUCACCUGUGUCUUUCUUCCUUUUUGACCCUGCAGGGAUGCCAUACGCCAUGUUAAGAUAAAGACCAAGACGACAGUGUUGAACAUGCUAAAGCGGUUGGACAAAAUCCGGUUCCGGGGCCAGCGGCCAGACGUGUUCCUGGAUCUGGGUGAAUCGCCCAACACAUCUGACACUGAAUGUAGCGAAGAGAUUCUGAUGAAGCCUCGGCCCUUGCUUAAAAUUAAAGACACUGAAGAACUGCAAGACCCUGUGAGUGUUCCUGUAAGUGAAUAUUGGUAUUAUAAUAUAACCACAGAAAUUGUAUCUCUUCAGACUCUUCACUUCCCCUAAUUCUCUCUCAAACAAAAUACAUCUUUGUUUUGCAUUCCUAGUCUAGUUUGACAUCUUCCAGAUAACUUCAUGAAGUCCACUCACUCGCCAUCUCGAGGUGCCGCCGCCAGUUUUGAUGGAAUUUUGGCCAAAAUGUCCCACUUUUGAUGUUUAUUCAACCCCCUUCCUGUUGAUUUAGUAGAGGAUUGAAAGACUUCCAACCUAUGUCUGCGUCACUGCAGGCCUUAGUCAGACUAGAGUGGACAUGUUCCAGGGCCUUGCCGCAGUGUACUACCAGCCAACUCAACAUCCCUGAGUGUAUUAGAAUAACAACUAUAUUUUUCAAUGAUCUUAUUAUUUCAUUUGUCUGCAUGUUCUGGUGCAUUCAUGUUCAUAUAUUUUUUGAGAGAGGUUGAUAAAACUUCUUGAUGUUCUUUGAAGAUAGGGAAAUAUCUUUCAUUUCAAACUUUGAUUUCAAACAGGUCAAAGAUUUUAUGAGUCAUUUGAUCACGUCAUCACACACUGGGCCACCUUGUUGGCAUCUUAAUGAAAUGCCCCAAAAAGUGUGAUAAAAAAAUAAGUUGUAUUCUGAAAAAAGACGUGCAAACGUGGCACUGGUGCGAAUUCUCUGAUAGGCGGUCUGGUUACUAAAGUCAGGACCCAACUUGCCCAUCGAGUCUAUAAGAAUGGACCGUUGGAGAAGUUGGGCCUUUCAUGAUCUCUGUAUCUCGCACAAACUCCGACCUAGAAAGCCUCUGCAGCGGAAUUAGGGUUAAACACAGCCCUUGUAAUGUCUAACCACUUAACAACAAACAUGUCUUGGUACUGGGAAACUGGGCUUAGGCCAGUACAGUACAGUUCCCUGUUUGUUUGGGACUUGUUGUCAUGAAAACAGGAACAAGGUGGGUCUUCUCACACUGGUAUUUAUUAUAAUCUUGACACCUCACUCGUUAUCUUUUUGACUACUGAGAACUGAAGUCGGAUAGCCGUUCCAGAUGUAUUUACCUCCAUAGCAGGCUUGUAAUAUGUCACUAUUUAACUCUUUGUUGCACUAUAGUGCUUUUAUUGGGUACAUAUAAUUAACAGUAAGGUCUAAUUUACACAGAUGGAAUAAAUUAAUGUACAUUUAAUAGGGCACAUUUCUCAAUUAGCAGACCUAGUGAAUUGGGUCACUGCUUCUCUGGGUAAUGGUGCGAGGGUUGGUGUUAAUGUACUUCUAUUACUAAAUUACUACAGAGCAGACAAGCAGUACUUUCCGAUCUUAAUUGCACUCUCAAAGUAGCCUUAAAUCUGGCCUAGAUAUGGCAUAUUCAAAGCUAAUAUAGAGUUUGGAAAAUAUGUGCCGUAUGCAAUCAUUGAAAAACAUCAUGUAGCAGUUGCUACCUACACACCACCUUAUUGGUGCUCAGACCUUCAUGUCGAAGAAAAUUAUAUGAAGGGAAUGUGCUGUUCUGGUUGUCUUUUAAUGGUCCCUAAGGGAUGUUUCAAAAUGUCUGUCAACAUUCUUCUCAUGUCAGUCAUUGUUGCUAACUUGUUUUAGUGCAAUAGUGGAAGACUGAGACCUGGCUUUGAAGAGUCUUAUUCAUUAAUAGAUUACACAGUACGUUGCUGUACAGUAGCUAAUUAUAAUAUCUCUUGUGGAAAUGUAACAGCUUUACUCAUCUGAAAGGAGACCUUUUGAUCAGAGCUGGGCUUGUGGGAUCUGCCCCUUCCUCUCCCACUCAUCGUUACUAAAGUGCACUGAUUUCCCUCCUGAUGCGAGCGGUCUUUGCAUAUUCUUAUUCUUGUCCCCCUGCUGAGAGGAUGUGAAAUGAAAUCAUCUAGAUGUUUCCUCUUUUCUUCACUGUCUCAGCUCUGUUGUGUCUGAGUAGCAGAGUGCCAACACUAGUGACUAUCUCAAUGUAACUCUCUGUGUGGCUAUCCUUGUGGAGUUUCACUUUCCCAAUCUCCUUUGUUUCUCACUCUCUCGCUCUGUUCCUCUCUCUGUGUGUUGGGUCAUGAUUCAGGUGAUAGUCUGCAUACACAAUUACACUGCAGUUUGAGCCAGGCUGGAUGGUGCAGGGAGAAACUGCAGGGUGAAAUGGAGUCUUCUGCUGUCAGCUUGCCCACAUUUAUCUGUGUGUGUGUGUGUGUGUGUGAGAGAGUUUUGAGGUGCUGUGUGCAGGUGUUUUGAACCAGAGCCCACAGUAGCGCACAUCGGCAGGGACGUUAUCCUUCUCUCCUCACCUCUGCAUGUUCUUGUGUGUGUGCCCACAUCCAGGCUGGUCCGGGGACACUUGCUAUGGCUGCAGCCAUCCAGGACUACCAGAGGACUGAGACAGAUGGACUCAACGAGGUGAAAGGCCACCUGGAAAUUGCCUUACUGGAAAAGCACUUCCUACGUGAGUAUUGCACUAUUUUUCAGUCUAGGUUUAAGUAGAAGUUUGUAAAACCUCUAGCAGUAAGGUUUUGAUUUGCAAAAAGGGAAAAUCUCUUCACGUUUGUUUGAUUGCCAAUCCACACAGCAGCUUUGGAUAUCUGUCUUUCAUGUCAAGGUGUCUGUUAGUUGGUGAACUCAUUAGGAUUUGCGUGUAAAUGUAAUUUGUCUUGCCUUCAGGGCUCUCCUGGCUGCAGAAUUAGAUCUGUACUGGCUCAUAUAGCCCUCUUACGCCUGGCAACGUUGAGUGUUAGUCUCUUAUAUUAGAUCAACUUAGGCUUAUUACUCAAGCUAGGUCAGUGAUCAUAGUAUCUGUGAGUGACCAUAGUCCUAUAUAGGGAUGAGCACAGUUAUUCGAAUAUCCGAACGGACGUUAAGUAUUCGAUUACUUGGGAGAGUAUUCAUUUUUGAGAAUAAAAUAGCCCUAUUUUAACAAUGAAAAUGCUUUGUCUUAAGUUAAGUAAAGGUAUCUGUGACAUUGCUACAGAGCCUACAAGGAUAGACCAUUACAUUUUACAUUUGUAUAAAAUAGUUUUUAUGCGUGCGCCCGGUAGCCUACACCAUUUCACAUGUAGCUCAAUCAAAGUGGCGCUACAGAGGCUCCAUGUGUAGCAAGUUAAGUGGGAGAUUUCUAAUCAAUACAAAAUUGAAUAAAAAUUACGGAAUUACAUUGGCUAAAUGAGAAGGAGUAGGCUGCAAUGAUCGACCAACAGGUAGGCUGUUUCAUAUGAAUGGACUAUUAGCUAUCUAGCUUCUUUACAACGAUUUGAUUUUGCAUGUAUUACGACUAUCCGGAUAUCCCAAAAAAUAUCAUGAUAUUAUUCGACACAUUGAGGAGAUGGAAGUACAGAAGUGGUGUGUGGCCUUCAUUUCACCUCAGCCCUCCCUUCAUCUGGGAUGCAGGCUGCGUGUCAGCAGUAUGGGCUGGUGGCUGGUCCUCAUUGUAGAGCCCAUUGUCCUCUGUCUAGCACCAAAGGGUACUAAUGGGUAGAGUGCAAUCGCCAAAUGUACUGUUGCUGCUCUACUGAAUGUAUAGUGACUCUUUUUCUAAUAAUCAGAUUUCAGAUUUCCACAUUUGGUGCUGAAGUUGAUUAUCCAAUGACUGUGAGAGGAGCAGCUUGUUGAUUUGCAAUGCAAUUGUUGUUUGUCGGCCUUGUUUUGAGCGCUGGCCCUGCUUUGCCAUGAGCCUUUAGGGAGGUGGUUAGUGAUUGAGUAAAUGAUCAGCUUUGUCCUUUAAUUCUGCUUUGAUGAGUCGGUAAUUUAAUAAUAAUAUAUGCCAUUUAGAAGACUCUUUUAUCCAAAGCGACUUACAGUAAUGCUUGCAGCUCUUUUGCCAAUUAUUUGCAUAUCUGAUACCUGUCCGAUCUUUUCCCUAAUGUGUAAACAGCAACAGAACACAUGGAAUCUGAUCUUUUGAGCUCCGAUUUAUACCACAUCCAUAUGUGGAUCUCAAUCCUGAUACAGUUCUGAUGCUCCAUAUGUGACCUCACUCUGGACGCUCAGAUUUUUUGCACAUGACCUGCCGUUACCACGACAACUACCCAAAAUUGAAAGGAACAGUGACAGGAAAUGAGAAUUGCAUCUGUGUGAUACUUCAGAGGCUACAUCAAUGUGAAUGGGCACAUCUGAUAAGGGUCAAAUGUAAAACUGAGUGUGGACAGUCAGAAAAAAAGAUCAGAUAUGGAAAGAAAAUAAGAAUUGGGUUUUUAGGGUGUCGGGAUGCGCAAGAGAUUAACCCUAUGCUGAUAAAAAAAUUGUGAAACACACUACAGCACACACAAUCCUUACCAGGUAAUAAAGCCACAAUAUGUAACUUUUGGGCGACCUGACCAAAUUCGCAUAGAAAUGUGAGUUUUAUAUAUCUGUCAUUCUCAUUGAAAGGAAGUCUAAGAAGUGGUAGAUAUGUAAUGUGUGCUAUUUCUAUGCUUCCUGUUAAGUAUAGUUUUUGCAUCUUUUACUUUCGGUUUUGUACACCAGCUAAAAAUACAUAAUUUUUGGUUAUGGAAAAUAUACUUUUGUGUGUAUAUAUAGUGUAUGUGGACACCCCUUCAAAUUAGUGGAUUCUGCUAUUUCAGCAUCACCCAUUGCUGACAGGUGUAUAAAAUCUCCAUAGACAAACUUUGGCAGUAGAAUGGCCUUACUGAAGAGCUCAGUGAAUUUCAACGUGGCACUGUCACAGGAAGCCACCUUUCCAACAAGUCAGUUCAUAAAAUUUCUGCUCUGCCAGAGCUGCCCCAGUCAACUGUAAAGUGCUGUUCUUGUGAAGUGGAAAUGUCUAGGAGCAACAACGGCUCAGCGGCGAAGUGGUAGGCCACACAAGCUCACAAAACGGGACCGCCGAGUGCUGAAGCGCGUAGUGUGUAAAAAUAGUCUGUCCUCGGUUGCAACACUCACUACAGAGUUCCAAACUGCCUCUGGAAGCAACAUCAGCACAAUAAAUGUUUGUCGGGAGCUUCAUGAAAUGGGUUUCCAUGGCCGAGCAGCCGCACACAAGCCUAAGAUCACCAUGCGCAAUGCCAAGCGACGGCUGGAGUGGUGUAAAGCUUGCCGCCAUUGGACUCUGGAGCAGAGGAAACGCGUUCUCUCGAGUGAGGAAUCACGCUUCACCAUCUGGCAGUCCGACAGACGAAUCUGGGUUUGGCGGAUGCCAGGAGAACGCUACCUGCUCGUAAUGCAUAGUGCCAACUGUAAAGUUUGGUGGAGGAGGAAUAAUGGUCUGGGGCUGUUUUUCAUGGUUUGGGCUAGGCCCCUUAUUUCCAGUGAAGGGAAAUCUUAACGCUACAGCAUACAAUUACAUUCUAGACGAUUCUGUGCUUCCAACUUUGUGGCAUCAGUCGAACCCCAUCGAACACCUUUGGGAUGAAUUGGAACGCCAGGCCUAAUCGCCCAACAUCAGUGCCCGACCUCACUAAUGCUCUUAUGGCUGAAUGGAAGCAAGUCCCCGCAGCAAUGUUCCAGCAUCUAGUGGAAAGCCUUCCCAGAAGUUGAGGCUGUUAUAGCUGCAAAGGGGGGACCAACUCCAUAUUAAUGCACAUGAUUUUGGAAUGAGGUGUUCGAUGAGCAGGUGUCCACAUACUUUUGGUCAUGUAGUAUAUACCACAGUGGUUUAGAUGGUACAAUGAUUCUCUACACUAUACUACUAUACUUGUUUUGUCACAAAAAAUGAAAUUUGCGACCUAUUAGAAUUUUAGCAACCAGGAAAUGGCGGCGCGAUUUCUGCAUAGUGCAUCUUUAAGUUAAACACACCCGACCGCAGUGAUGUUUACACACAUGCACAGCACACACUGCAUUGCUGAUCAAUUGAGGCCAAUCUGCCUCUCGAUCAAUACAUUUGUCUAACAGACAGUCCAUGUUGUGAUAUCAUCAGCCUCUACAACUGCGCAUACAACAGUGUUGCCUACCCUUUUGAGAUGGAUACAAUUCACAUUGAUUUAGUGUUUGUCCUCGUAUGUGUAUUUGGAUAGGUUUUUCAUUAAUACCUUGGCUAUGUUGUUUACCAUUUCCCCUAAAUAGCUUGGAUUUCACACUCGCAAUCUGUCAUUUUACACAACCUGCCACAGGAAGAGCCUUGCAGUGAGAGAGAGCCAGGAAUGUUUAUUUUGUAUUAGUUUUCCCCCCCCUUGCUCUCUUGAUGUGUAAAUCCUAGAGAGACCUCUGCACGUCACAACAUUUUAAAUAAUAUUCAGCAUUUCACAAUAAAUAAUAAUGUAGGGAGGCGAUCAUCCACUUUGAGGGGCACCGGCAGUGUGUGUGUGCGCGUGUGCUCACUCGUCCUGAGGGCGCUGCAGUGGGGGAGGACAUGAAAGGUCAGACGGGGACCUUCUUACUGUGCCAGUAAAUAAAAGCAGUGGUUAUUAAUAGGGGAUAUUACAUAAGCUACUCGACUCAGAAGAAAGGCAGCCAGGUAUUGAAGUUCGUCUGGUUCACUCGUACAGAGACUGGAGGAUAGCAGUAGUACUAAUGGUUACUUCAGUAGCAUUCUGUAUGACCACUCCCUUGCUCUUGGUAACUAUUAACCUAUUCUGGCUAGAAAGCACAAUGCAUUUUUAUAGUCUUCGAACCCAACCUCGUCUGUUGACACGCUUGGGCGUGUGUAACCUAGCGUAGCAGGUGUAGAAAGAUGCCUGAGCAGAGUCCCUACUUCAGUUUUUCAGGGGUUGAAAAUACUUUCUGCCAACGCCGCUAAUGGUGGGACCUGUGUAACCAGGGCUACACCUUCAACAAUGGCUUAGAAUGUUGUAGUUAUGUUAGAUGGGGUAGUAGCAGUAUCAGAUGUAUUUUAAUGUGUUAUUUAUGGAUUAUGUUCUUGUAAACACUGCUAGUAAAGUAGCCAAGGUUCUGUUGCACUUUUUAUAUAACAGCUUGCCCCCAGAGAUAUCAGGGGAUGUGGAGUGGAUAACAAGUAACUGUCCUUUGGUGCCAUGAGGCAGAACCAGUGUAGGAUUGUUUCCAGGUUCCUCUGCUAGUCUCUGGCUCCAGGCCAGCACAAGGGAGAGUCACAUGAGUCCACCUCCUCCUGUGUGACAUUGUGAAAUGCCUGGGUGAGGUUGCAUAGCGAUACCUAAGGAAUCUCCAGGCCGGCCUGAAGACGUCAUACCACUCGCUGUUUACUUGUUGUUAAGCAUGGCAGACAGCUCGGGUUUCUCAGGGAAAAGUAUUAGGGCGUGAAGAGAUGCUGCAUUUCCUGGCUGGCAUUGGUCUGUUGACUCACAUUUCUAUACCCCUGUAGGCCUAUUUGUUAGACACUGAUUCUGGGACAGUAGGUUAUUGUUGUAUGAUUUUCCCCCUGUCAUCUACCGCCAAUGUGUGACAAUACAUAGCUUUAUGAACGAAGCGAAGACCUCACAUAGAACACUAUUGAAAAAUAUAUAUAAAUAUGAUAUAUAUAUUUUGUACUUUUUACCCCUUUUUCUCCCCAAUUUCGUGAUAUCCAAUUGGUAGUUACAGUCUUGUCCCAUCGCUGCAACUCCCGUACGGACUCGGGAGAGGCGACGGUCGAGAGCCAUGCGUCCUCCGAAACACGACCCUGCCAAGCCGCACUGCUUCUUGAUACACUGCUCGCUUAACCCGGAAGCCAGCCGCACCAAUGUGUCAGAGGAAACACUGUACAACAUGCGCCCGGCCUGCCACAAGGAGUCACUAGAGCGCGUUGGGACAAGGACAUCCCGGCUGGCCAAACCCUCCUCUAACCCGGACGACGCUGGGCCAAUUGUGCACCGCCUCAUGGGUCUCCUGGUCGCGGCCGGCUGCGACACAGGUGGGAUCAAAUCCAAAUCUUUAGUGAUAGACUGCUGCGACACUCGGGAGGCCCAAUAUUGUAAUUCUAACUAGUAGAGCAUUACAGGCUAGAUACCGAACUCUAACGAGCCAGUGUAACGGGAGUAAAAAACCUGUUGUUUACCCUGUUAGCCACUGAUAAAGAUACAGCACCUCCCUUAACAUACCGGUAGGUGUCCAGUGAAACUGACAGUUGGACAUUUACUAUACUAUGAUAAAAGACGAGAGAGCGACCUCAACAGCGUUGAAGACGUUAACAAAAAGUGUCUUGUGUUGGCAGCUAGCCAAAACAAGGCACUGUGGGAAAGCAGAAUUCAGGAAGUUGGAGAUUCAUUUCAGUUAUAUUGGAAACUGGGUACAACAACUUUAAAACCCACCUCUGGCUCAGAAAAAUCUGAAGUGAAGAUUAAAUGGCUUUUAGAUAUGGGCCUAUUGGGCGACUAAAACACUCGCUGUCAUAGAAACAUACCCAGAGCUGUGGUUCCCUGUCUCCCCCUGCUCCCCCAGUCCCCAUGUCCAGAGGCUUGGCCAGGCAUGGGAAGCCAUGCAUGUGAUAAUGAGAGGAUGCUCUCUGGCACAUUGUUAAGUAAAGGCCUCUAUGCAAAUGUUUGACUUACAUAACUAGGCUAUCUGGGGCGUCCGUGGCUUUCUAUUCUCCCUCCUGGCUCUGCAGCAACCCUAGCAGCUACUGGUUAGCAGGUUAGCAUGCCGUGCGGCACCCAUUCAGAAAAAGCAGUCAGUCAUAUAGAAACAGAGGUGGUGACCUGAAAAGGCCUUGUACAGUAGGGCUUUAUGGGGGCCAAACCCAUUGGUGAAGUUGAGAAUUGGAGGCUAAGAGGGAUCGAGAGAGAGAUUGUCUGUUAGAGUGGAGGAUACUGCCUUAAUGUUGCUGGACCCCAGGGAGAGUAGCUGAUGGGGAUCCUUAAUGAAAUACAAAUACUUCAAUGGUGUGAACAUCGUCUCACUCAACAAGAGGUAGACCUGAACACUGUCUAGAGACAGUUUGUUAAUGCUUUAGACGGGGUCAUCUUUGAAAUGGAUUCAACAUCAUGUCAGUUACGUUCAGUACAUUCAGGUACUUCCAUCCCACGUGAUACCAGGAAGAGGAUGUGGUUUACACCAGUCUCGUGGUGGCCCAGUCACAGUUGAUGUAGCAAGAAACAAACGAUAGAUCAGGAUGUGGAUGCGCUAAAGAGUAAGAACCUGUUUUCUGCCUUCAGAUGACUCAUACUGUUCAGAUGUCUAAAUUAAGAACUAUCACCUAGGCCUUGUUCAGCUCCUUGGUUUCUGGGCUGAAGUUGUUGCUAACAAGAUGGGUGGAAAUUGAUGUGAACAACAGGGCUUUUUGCUCUUUCUUUUGGGUGACGCUGUGGUGAAAUCAUAAAACAACUAUGACUAUAGGAGAGAAGUUACUUCAAGGCCUUAGCCAUGAUGUCACUGCCCUGCUAAGGUGGACGGGGGCGGCUAUGCUCCAUUUUGUUCCUCAUUUAUCAAGGGGAACACUUUAAUAUUUAUUCCGCCAAGGGUGUCAUAGGUUGUGUUGCUAUGGUGGCAGAUUUUCCAAUUAGCUUGAUGUUGUGUGGUAGGUUCAGAAAAUGUCUAUUAUCCAACUGUGUACAUUUACAUUUUAGUCAUUUAGAAUGUAAUUUCUUAUUAGCAUUUUUUCAUAAGGUCAUGAAGUGAACCAUCCUCUGUAGAGUAAAUGUCACUAGUCAUGAAAACACGUGAAAAUAAUAAUUUUUGUUAUAUAAAUGUAACAGUAACAUUUGAAAGGACCAUACAGUACAGUAACUGCCAAACACACAACAACAAUGCUAAGCCUCAUCCCCUGUAUCAUUAUUUUAGCUUGGUCAGGUUAGAAAGUGUCUUUUAAAACCCUUAGCCUACAAUUUCUGUGCCCGCGCAGAAAUCUAAUUAAACAUAAUACAACAAUCCCCAUCAAAAUCUGUCUGUUUAAGCUAGAGAUAUCUGGGGGUUUUGCAUGGGCUGCGUCUCAAGCCACCGUAACCGCCAAUAUCGCCCUUCCGCAUCUGCGGUGAAAGGUGGCAGAGCUAGAGCGGUGUUUGAUAGACCAUGAGACAUCCCGAAAAUCGGUCUUCUCACGAAAACGUCUGUAGCGUCCGAACGGUUUGGCCUAAAAACUAAUAUGACCACUUUAUUGACAGGUGAGACUCCCACGAACGCGAUGGUGCUCUAGGACGCUCACAAGCCUCACAAGACUCGUCUGAAGGUCCCCGGUACCAGUUUAAGAAAAUGAAUGGAAGUAUAUAUGGAGAUAGAUUAGUGCCUAAAAUAAGGGGAUAAAUACAUGUAAAAACAAAUAAAAUUGUUUCCUGAUCUUUCUUAUAUCUCUCAGAUAUAGGACCGACACUUCAGAACAAACUUCCUUUUGAUUUUUUUGGGGGACUAUCUGUUCCAUGUAUUGAAUCUGUUAUUCAGAUUCAAUACAUUCAAUUCAAUUCUAUUGGCUAAUAGCAGUAAUGCCAAAUUCAAUGUUUCAUCCAAUUUUAUAUAUAUGUUUUAUACCUUAAGGGGUCUUAAAAUUCAAAAUCAAAUAGCUAAAUAAUCCUUGGCAUGACCGUCUGUUGUCCAAGGUGACCUUGUGGUAAGCUGGUAACAACACUAAGCUGUUAUAACAGCCAGGCAGGCAGUCACCUUCAAGCUCAGACGUUGCUCAACCUAGAACUUUACAACCGGUACCACUCAUUCCCUCUAGUAGGUCCUUUAUCAAUUUCUUGUGGAGUUGAGCUUGCGAGGUGAACUUUCUCCCAGUACAGUGAACAGAUUGGGGGCCAUACAGUAGCUGCAAAUACUAGCUCUCUUUCUAAUUUCUCCACUUUCUCCUGAACUCUCUUUCCUCUCCUCCUCCCCCUCCUCUGUAGUAUCUCUCUUGGCCUUGGUCUUAUUUUUUCACUAAUCUCUCCCUCCAUUCUUUUACAUCUCUCCUCUGUCCCACUCUCACCAACCGCAUCAGGAGAUGCAAAGUGGACCAGAAUUGGCCUGUACGUUGCAGUUGACACAUUAUGGAAUGGGUUUAUGAGAAUGUUCCCUUUUUAAUGCCAACGGCUAAAGGAGCGGACUCGUGAGAAAUAAGCCGUUUAAAUCAUGCCACAUACUCGAGAUGCCUUGCCUGACCAAAUCAGUUCUGCAUAGGUCCAAUCUAACAUCUUGUAAUGCUGAAACUAAAACUGAAGGACUACAAGCUGGUCUGGAAGUGACUGUUUGUUUUUAGCCACCUGCCCGUGGCUUUCUCCUCGGUCAACUGACAGACCAGGACAGUUGACAUUGACAUAGUUGAUACCCUGUUGCCUACCAGUCUAGCUCGCUCUUAUUGCCUUCACCUAUCACUUUUAAAUCAUAUCAAAUAAUUAUUUAUCUUGGGGAUUAAAAAAGUACAAUGAGGAAAAUAGUCUUGAGAUCCAUUGUUUUAUGUAUGUUAUACUGUGGUCAUGGGGGGGAACAUCGCUUAUGAAAAGGACAUUUCUCUCUCGUCUACGGUCAUAGUUCAAUUACAGUGAUAAAGUAGGUUGAGGUGUUCUCUGCCAGAACGCUGUGCUACAUUCAACAGGUUCUAAAUGCUUUACUUCAUCUUCCUCUUCCCCUCUCUGCUCGGUCAAGUAACAUCUCAAUGGUUUGGGGACUGUAAAUAUAAAUAUAGGCAAACAUCUCUGUUCCCAGGGCUAGGCAACCCUGUUCCUAAAGUGCAGCAUAUACUUAUUUUAGUUCUAACCAGGCACCGCAUCUGAUUCUACCAAUAACCUCAUCAACUGUGCUAAUUGAUCAAUAUCGGUGACUGGCUAAAGAUUUACAAGUUUGUACAGGUGCCUGUGGCAGUGACUCACCAGGACCAAGUUAGGUAACAGUUAGAAAUGUGUAUUGGCUGAGCCAAACUUAUGGGCUUUCAUUGCUCUAUUUUUCAGAGGAGGAAUUGAGGAAACUUAGAGAAGAAACCAAUAUAGAGACACUGAAACAGGAGCUGGAGAAAGAGAGAUCGAAAAGGCUGGACUUGGAACAGAAACUGAACUUGGAAAUUCUCAAAACGAGGUAAGAGGCAUGUGCGCACGCUCCGCUGCUGGCUUCCAUGUGCCGGUCCCUGUGUGUGCCGGUCCCUGUGUGUGCCGGUCCCAGAGUAUGUGAGCGGAGCGUGCCCAAUUUGACUGGAGCGAGAUUCCCAAAGGCUGGAGCGUCGGCCUUCUCGCCCGCUCCAGUAGCGCUCACUUCACGAGCUCAGGGCACGCCGUCCCAGCAUGCAUUUGUAGUCUACUUGUGUGCUGCUAUAGCCCCUUGCUUUAGCUACUGUCAUGGAAUUCGCUAAAUAUUUUCAUAAAGAAACUGAUAAAACACACAGGUGCAAAAUCAAAGUGACUUACAAAGAUGAGGACCAAGAGGAGGAGUGCGGUGAUGUGUUGUCCACAACUAAAGAAUCAUUGUGGAAUCUGAAAAGACACAUAUCCCGAAAGCAUGAUGGUGUACUUACUACGUACACAUGCAAAAAAAAAAAGGGAACAAGGUGGGUAACUAAUUAACAGAUAAUUGUGUCAAUGUAGCAAAGUAUUUAUAAACAAAAAAUCUGUUAUCUUAAAAGUUUCCUUCAUUUUUGUUCUAUUAUCUAUACAAUAGGCCAUCAUUGAUUUUGGCCCAAUAGGCCUGGCAUAUUCCUACUUUCAAGGAGCUUUGUGUUUUGAUUGGGUUAUUUUGCCUAAAAACCUUUAGGCCUACCUAUAACAAUAAAUAAAGAAUAAUAAAAAACCACUAUGCAUCCCUGCCCAGCCUGGCAAGCGUGGCCAAAAGGGUGUUUAGCGUCCCCAGUGACUCUGCAAGCGUGGAGAGGAUAUUCUCCGCUGCUGGCCUGCUCUCCAGGCACCAUCGCAUGAGCCUGAAGCCACAUACUCUGACCAAACUCGUGUUUCUAAAAAUGAAUUCAAAGGCUGAGCCUAAUAAGGCAUUUUUCAUUUAAUUUGUAUUUCAUUCUAAGUAGGUCACAGCCUAUAUGCACAAUUUAUAGACCAUAAUGAUUUAAUACAACAAAAUGUUGUUUAAAUGCUGAGCGCUUUAUGUCCGUGUGUGUGUCGGUCCCUGUGUGUGUGUGUGUGUCGGUCCCUGUGUGUGUGUGUGUGUGUGUGUCGGUCCCUGUGUGUGUCGGUCCCUGUGUGUGUGUGUGUGUGUGUGUGUCGGUCCCUGUGUGUGUGUCGGUUCCUGUGUGUGUGUGUCGGUCCCUGUGUGUGUAUGUGUGUGUGUGUGUGUCGGUCCCUGUGUGUGUGUGUGUGUGUGUGUGUGUCGGUCCCUGUGUGUGUCGGUCCCUGUGUGUGUCGGUCCCUGUUUGUGUGUCGGUCCCUGUUUGUGUGUCGGUCCCUGUUUGUGUGUCGGUCCCUGUGUCUUGUCGGUCCCUGUUCAAAAAUAGAGCCUCUCCCUGGAGUUGGGUGUGGGAAUUUGUCAAGAAGCCGAGCCAGGCUGCCAAUAAGCAGUCAUGCACGUAGUGACUCCCUCAAUACCAUAGCCUUUGUAACACUAAACCCAAAGGUCUCUAAUGUGAUAUGUCUAACGCAUUCAAUAUAAAUCACAUCUGUGUCUGUGAAGUCUCCAUUUGCUUUAUAUGGAAAAAUCUCUGUGCCAAAAUAAUUUUGAAGGCUAGAAAAAAACGUUAAUGUCAUCUUUCUUAUUCCAUCUCUUUUCCUUUGUGAUAAGUGACACCAAUAUUUUAUUAAGCAUUUUGCGUUCACUUGUCUGGCACAAUAAUGUCUCAAUAAGGUAAUGUGUUUUUCUGAAGCCAUGGUUAAUGCUCUACCUCCUACUAAUGCUUAGUCUCUCCUGUUCCUAGACCAGAAGAUUCCGCUCCACAGCCACCCAGAGCGACACCUGCAGCUCCCACCGCCAACAGUACAGGUCAGCCAGAAACGGGGAUAAAGAUACGGGUUAUGUGAAUCAUGACCGACCAGCUCAUUCACAAAUCUUUAGAAUGUCUGUCAUUACAGACUUGACACUGCGUAUCCCAGAGGCUUCCAGCACCAUAACACUCCACCUCGCUCACCAUUCAAAUUCACAUGACCUGUCUAAUAAGGGUUCGGAAUGGAGGCUAGGCGCUGGAGACGAGUUGAAAGAGUGACUCGUCUCAUCUGCCUGUCUUUUGGGCUCUCUGAAUCUCAGGGCUCGGCAUCUCUGUGUGGGAGUUAGAGGUGAAGCUAUGUGCUUUUCUUAGCCUCUGCUCGCUACCCAUCAAAAACCAAUCUCUCCCCUCCUCUUCCCUGGUGUGUGGGUUACUCACGUUUGUACAUCACUCGCGUUGCAAUGCGCACUUGCUUGUGUGUGUGUGUGUGUGUGUGUGUGUGUGUGUGUGUGUGUGCGCCACACGCAGCACAAACAGGAAGUUUGUAAGUGGGAGUGCUCCAGUGAAGGUGUGGGAUGAAUUUCAUCCCUCUCUCUCUCUGUAGGGAAUGUCACACAUUUAUAUAAACGUGUAUGAAUGCGGCUGUGGAACAUUGCCUUUCUACUCCCCUGUGACCUGAAAUCCUGAUUUUUAUCUCACACCAGGGUUCUUCACUUAAUUCAGUCAGCCUUGUUUUUAGAUGAGGGUUUCUUUGUACUGCUAGUGGCUGCUUUAACUCCUCAAAUGGGUAUUGUCCCUCCCCCACAAGAAAUAGGCUAGUAUGGUUAAUAAAAUGCAUUAUGUAGGCCUAGUGCAAGCUGUAGCUUUUAAAACAUCUGUAGAGAAUAAGAUGUUUCACCGUAUGGAGACUGUCUGGGGCUGCCCUAUAAAUCACAUUUACCUGAAAGCCUCAACUCCAAUGGUUGCUUACUUUUCUUGUCAGACAACGUAUUCAGGUAUUUGAUAAUCUCGGAAACCCAGAACAGAAAUCUUGUGUAAUUGCGUCAGAUGCUUGAUUAGGUUAUGAGAUAAGAUAAUAAUGAGACUAGCAAAGUCUCCAGCCCCUUAAACGGAAACCCUCAGCCAAAGCAUGGGUCAAAUGUCCCAUUUUAUUAAAUACUAAAGAUGCGAAUGACUGAAAAAUUGGGAUUUGUCCAAAUGAACAGUGAUUAAAAGAAUCUGACUCGGAACAAAGUUCCUUGUUAGUCGCCGCAUCCCAUAUUCGGUUGACAGACGCUACGAUACCAUCCUAUGUUAUGCACUUGUCUGUCCACAAGAGAUUUAAGUAUACUGAACAAAAUGAUAAACGCAACAUGCGUCCCCUGUAGCUCAGUUGGUAGAGCUUGGCGCUUGCAACGCCAGGGUUGUGGGUUCGUUUCCCACGAGGGGCCAGUAUGCCAAAAAAAAAAAUCAACAAUUUCAAAGAUUUUACGACGUACACGUCGAUCCAGAGCAUCCAAUACAUGCUCAAUGGGUUACAUGUCUGGUGAGUAUGCAGGCCAUGGAAGAACUGGGACAUUUUCAGCUUCCAGGAAUGGUGUACAGAUCCUUGCGACAUGGGGCUGUGCAUUAUCAUGCUGAAACAUGAGGUGAUGGCGGUGGAUGAAUGGCAUGACAAUGGGCAUCAGCAUCUCAUCACAGUAUCUCUGUGCGUUCAAAUUGGCAUCGAUAUAAUGCUAUUGUGUUCGUUGUCCGUAGCUUAUGCCUACCUUACCCUAACCCCACCGCCACCAUGGGCACUCUGUUCACAACGUUGACAUCAGCAAAUGGCUCACCCACACAACGCUAUACACGUGGUCUGCAGUUGUGAGGCCAGUUGGACAUACUGCCAAAUUCUCUAAAACAAUGUUAGAGGCUGCUUAUGGUAGAGAAAUGUACAUUCAAUUCUCUGGCAAUAGCUCUGGUGGACAUUCCUGCAGUCAGCAUGCCUAUUGCACGCUCCCCUCAAAACUUGAGACAUCUGUGGCCUUUUAUUGUCCCCAGCACAAGGUGCACCUGUGUAAUGAUCAUGCUGUUUAAUGAGCUUCUUGAUAUGCCACAACUGUCAGGUGGAUGGAUUACCUUGGCAAAGGAGAAAUGCUCACUAACAGGGAUGUAAACACAUUUGUGUACAAAAUCCGCAGAAAAAGCACAAAAAGCUUUUUUCUUUCAAUCUUUUAUUUCAGCUCGUGAAACAUGGGACCAACACUUUACAUGUUGCGUUUAUACACUGCUCAAAAAAAUUAAGGGAACACUAAAAUAACACAUCCUAGAUCUGAAUGAAUGAAAUAAUCUUAUUAAAUACUUUUUUCUUUACAUAGUUGAAUGUGCUGACAACAAAAUCACACAAAAAAUUAUCAAUGGAAAUCAAAUGUAUCAACCCAUGGAGGUCUGGAUUUGGAGUCACACUCAAAAUUAAAGUGGAAAACCACACUACAGGCUGAUCCAACUUUGAUGUAAUGUCCUUAAAACAAGUCAAAAUGAGGCUCAGUAGUGUGUGUGGCCUCCACGUGCCUGUAUGACCUCCCUACAACGCCUGGGCAUGCUCCUGAUGAGGUGGCGGAUGGUCUCCUGAGGGAUCUCCUCCCAGACCUGGACUAAAGCAUCCGCCAACUCCUGGACAGUCUGUGGUGCAACGUGGCGUUGGUGGAUGGAGCGAGACAUGAUGUCCCAGAUGUGCUUAAUUGGAUUCAGGUCUGGGGAACGGGCGGGCCAGUCCAUAGCAUCAAUGCCUUCCUCUUGCAGGAACUGCUGACACACUCCAGCCACGUGAGGUCUAGCAUUGUCUUGCAUUAGGAGGAACCCAGGGCCAACCGCACCAGCAUAUGGUCUCACAAGGGGUCUGAGGAUCUCAUCUCGGUACCUAAUGGCAGUCAGGCUACCUCUGGCGAGCACAUGGAGGGCUGUGCGGCCCCCCAAAGAAAUGCCACCCCACACCAUGACUGACCCACCGCCAAACCGGUCAUGCUGGAGGAUGUUGCAGGCAGCAGAACGUUCUCCACGGCGUCUCCAGACUCUGUCACGUCUGUCACAUGUGCUCAGUGUGAACCUGCUUUCAUCUGUGAAGAGCACAGGGCGCCAGUGGCGAAUUUGCCAAUCUUGGUGUUCUCUGACAAAUGCCAAACGUCCUGCACGGUGUUGGGCUGUAAGCACAACCCCCACCUGUGGACGUCGGGCCCUCAUACCACCCUCAUGGAGUCUGUUUCUGACCGUUUGAGCAGACACAUGCACAUUUGUGGCCUGCUGGAGGUCAUUUUGCAGGGCUCUGGCAGUGCUCCUCCUGCUCCUCCUUGCACAAAGGCGGAGGUAGCGGUCCUGCUGCUGGGUUGUUGCCCUCCUACGGCCUCCUCCACGUCUCCUGAUGUACUGGCCUGUCUCCUGGUAGCGCCUCCAUGCUCUGGACACUACGCCGACAGACACAGCAAACCUUCUUGCCACAGCUCGCAUUGAUGUGCCAUCCUGGAUAAGCUGCACUACCUGAGCCACUUGUGUGGGUUGUAGACUCCGAUUUUAUGGUACUCGUGUGAUGUGUCUUGGGGAAUAAGCAGUGUUGUCUAUUUUAAUUGGGUGUGAUGUCGGGCUGCUAUUUGUUUGAAUGAGGUGUCUGGUAUAGAGCUGUUAGUUAAUUGGUUCCAGAGACGUGCCCUAGUGAUAAUACAGCAUGUGGUGAGUGAGAGAGAAAGGUGUUUUGGAUACACUUUGAUCCAGAUGAAGAAAUACUGGUGCUAACUUAGGCCUGACCAAAAAAACACAGUAGUGUGCUAACUUAGGCCUGACCAAAAUAACACAGUAGUGUGCUAACUUAGGCCUGACCAAAAUAACACAGUAGUGUGCUAACUUAGGCCUGACCAAAAUAACACAGUAGUGUGCUAACUUAGGCCUGACCAAAAUAACACAGUAGUGUGAUAACUUAGGCCUGACCAAAAUAACACAGUAGUGUGCUAACUUAGGCCUGACCAAAAUAAUACUUACAGUAGUGUUGUGCUUACAACAUUUCAUACUACUACAAGCAAAAGUCGUGUAAUGUUGAGUUAAAUGUUGAGUUGGUCAAAUGUAUUUCCAUUUCAAAUAACAGGGUUAUUUCCUACAGUAUAGGCAGCGGUCACCAACACUAGUCCUGGAAAGGAUGUGCAGGCUUUUGUUGCAACCCAGCUCUAACAGACCUGAUUCAACAAAACAAAGUCUUAACGAUAUCCCAUCCGUUCCUCUGCCCCUGCAGACAAGCAGAAGGAGACCAUGUACUCGCGGCUGCAGACAUGGCUGUACGACCGGUUUGGAGCGUACAUCGAGGACUUCCGCUUCCAGCCGGAGGUGAACACGGUGGAGCCAGAUGAGCCGUUAAGCGCUAAGAGGUGAGAACUGCCGCCAUAACCACUACGACCUCAGACAACCAAUGCUUUCCCUUUGAGAAAUGAUGUACUUUAGAUUCUGACUUCAUAAUUUCCUCUGUAAUUGCUCCCCUCGGCCUCUCCCCUCUCGUUCGAUAAAAGUGGCCGACCAGCCCGCCACUGUAGUCAUCAGGUUAACCGGCUCAGAGGACAGAGUACAUGCUGCUUAGAGAAGGGUAAUGAAACUGAUGGCUUUGUAAUGGGCCUAGAGUCUGUCAGCGUGCUAUACAUCAGCACCCACCAUAAAGUAGCCUGUCAUGAUGGGAAAUACUGUCCUCAUGAGCUCACCCUGAUGUCUGAUUGGCUUUUUAUUAUAACCUACAGCCAAUCCCAGGGCUUUCAGCACAGCAGAGGUUGUAACCAUGGUGUUAUGGAAGUGGGAGGAUUGUCUGACCCCUGGUGGUAGGUUGAGUGUGUUGCAGCUGGCCUUUUGUCAUUCUCAGCUUGUUAGGACUGAUUAAGGAUCAGCUCUCCCUGCUCCAGUUCAUACAGUGACCUUUUUGAGUGGAACUGCACCAACUGGCUAUGGAUCAGUUUUUAGGGCUCCGAUUCUUUCUCCGAUUCUCAGUCCUCUCCUGAAUGACGCAGACUGGAGUCAUGGGGACUCUGAAUACAAGUACAAUAGACAGAGGGGAGAGCAGGAGAGAAAGAGAACACUCAGUGUUCACCAUGCCUGUGGAGUCAUGGGUAGCCUGACUCAAACUGUCCUGGCUGUAACUUUAUCCAAGCACAUAAGAGAGGGUGGAGAGGAGAAGAGAAGGAAGGAGCAUUCACUGUGCGGCGGUUGAAAUGGCCUUGAUGUUAGUUUUGGCGGCUGAAAGAGAUGUGGAGAUGGGAUAGAGAGGCAGACAAAAAGACCUUGUCAGACAAGAGAUUCUUCCAGGCACCACAUACUUUCUCAUGAAGGAUGCCUAAAUGCAGCAAGAUCAUGUGUACUCUUCCUCCACCAAAACAUAUCUAAACUCAGCAAAAAAAGAAAUGUCCUCUCACUGUCAACUGCGUUUAUUUUCAGCAAACUUAAUGUAAAUAUUUGUAUGAACAUAACAAGAUUCAACAACUGAGACAUAAACUGAACAAGUUCCACAGACAUGUGACUAACAGAAAUGGAAUAAUGUGUCCCUGAACAAAGAGGGGGUCAAAAUCAAAAGUAACAGUCAGUAUCUGGUGUGGCCACCAGCUGUAUUAAGUACAUGCAGUGCAUCUCCUCCUCAUGGACUGCACCAGAUUUGCCAGUUCUUGCUGUGAGAUGUUACCCCGCUCUUCCACCAAGGCACCUGCAAGUUCCCUGACAUUUCUGGGGGGAAUGGCCCUAUGCCUCACCCUCCGAUCCAACAGGUCCCAGACGUGCUCAAUGGAAUUGAGAUCUGAGCUCUUCGCUGGCCAUGGCAGAACAAUGACAUUCCUGUCUUGCAGGAAAUCACGAACAGAACGAGCAAUAUGGCUGGUGGCAUUGUCAUGCUGGAGGGUCAUGUCAGGAUGAGCCUGCAGGAAGGGUACCACAUGGGGGAGGAGGAUGUCUUCCCUGUAACGCACAGCGUUGAGAUUCCCUGCAAUGACAACAAGCUCAGUCCGAUGAUGCUGUGACACACCGCCCCAGACCAUGACGGACCCUCCACCUCCAAAUUGAUCCCGCUCCAGAGUACAGGCCUCGGUAUAACGCUCAUUCCUUUGACGAUAAACGAAUCUGACGAUCAAUGUAAAAUCACCCCUGGUGAGACAAAACCGCGACUCGUCAGUGAAGAGCACUUUUUGCAAGUCCUGUCUGGUCCAGCAACGGUGGGUUUGUGCCCAUAGGCAACGUUGUUGCCGGUGAUGUCUGGUGAGGACCUGCCUUACAACAUGUCUACAAGCCCUCAGUCCAGCCUCUCUCAGCCUAUUGUGGACAGUCUGAGCACUGAUGGAGGGAUUGUGCGUUCCUGGUGUAAGUCGGGCAGUUGUUGUUGCCAUCCUGUACCUGUACCGCAGGUGUGAUGUUCGGAUGUACCGAUCCUGUGCAGGUGUUGUUACACGUGGUCUGCCACUGCGAGGACGAUCAGCUGUCCGUCCUGUCUCCCUGUAGCGCUGUCUUAGGGGUCUCACAGUAUGGACAUUGCAAUUUAUUGCCCUGGCCACAUCUGCAGUCCUCGUGCCUCCUUGCAGCAUUCCUAAGGCACGUUCACACAAAUGAGCAGGGGCCCUGGGCAUCUUUCUUUUGGUGUUUUUCAGAGUCAGUAGAAAGGCCUCUUUAGUGUCCUAAGUUUUCAUAACUGUGACCUUAAUUGCCUACCGUCUGUAAGCAGUUAGUGUCUUAACGACCGUUCCACAGGUGCAUGUUCAUUAAUUGUUUAUGGUUCAUUGAACAAGCAUGGGAAACAGUGUUUAAACCCUUUUACAAUGAAGAUCUGUGAAGUAUGAAGAAUUAUUUUUUUUUAUAAUGUAUGCACUCACUAACUGUAAGUCGCUCUGGAUAAGAGUGUCUGCUAAAUGACUAAAAUGUAAAUGUAAGUAAUUAGGAUUUUUACGAAUUAUCUUUGAAAGACAGGGUCCUGAAAAAGGGACAUUUUAUUUUUUGGAUGAGUUUAGUUCUGUUUGUGCGUUUGUCUUACAUAAUCUUGUUUAUGCUUUUGUCAUGCUGAGUUCUAAUUGAAUAAAACUCAUUUUCUCUUGUCCCAUGUCCUCAGAUUGACUGAAAACAUGAGACGACUCAGUAAGUACUGUGCAUUUAGUGGACAAGAUGUACCAAUCACACUCAAUGUCAGGGGUAUCUUGAUGAAUAUCAUAUUCUGAAAUAUCUUCAUAAUCAGAAUAUGAAAAUUCCAAUGACAGAUGUUUGUAGUAAUAAAUUAUGAUUUUGUCUCAAAGUCCUUGAUAGUGGUUUGUUAAUGGUGAAUACUUUCUAUUCCUCUGUAGAGCGAGGUGCCAAACCUGUCACUAACUUCAAGAAGAACCUUUUUGCCUUAUCCAGCUGGCACUCUGUGUAUACGUCAACCUUUGCCUUCAUUGUGAGUGUGUACACACACACACACACACACACACGCGUGUACUAUCACAGCAUAUGAAAGAUCCCAGGAAUGAAGAUCAAUAUCUCUAUCUCUCCCCCUGUAUACAUAGCAACAUCUAUAUUUGUUUAUAGAUUUACAUUAAAAUAUCUCUUUAUUGGCAUCUGCAUGUGUAACAGUAUAUAAUAUGUAUUGCAUAGUAACGAGAUGUUCCAUACUUGGUAUGAGUAUAGACGAGAUGGUAGAUUGAAAUAAUAGAUUGUGUGACCUGUUCUCCCCUCCCCCACUCCUCUUUCUUUUCCACAGAUCUAUAUGAAUGCAGCGUGGCACGGUUGGGCCGUCCCCUUGUUUCUCUUCCUAGCCAUUCUCAGGCUCUCCUUGAAUUACCUCAUUUCCAGGUAGAUUACCUCAUUUCCAGGUAGAUUACCUCAUUGCAACGUGCAUCGCCUAUUGUUAGUUGUUCCAUUUGAACAUGGACAAUCUGCUUGGACAUGGACAAUGUGCUUGGACAUGGACAAUCUGCUUGUGAAAUGAGUCAAACUUGUCUCUCUCCGCUUUCUUCUCAGAGGUUGGAGGAUCCAGUGGAGUAUUGUGCCGGGGGUCUCUGAACCUGUGGUAAGACGUGUAUGAUGUCACCUCUUUUGGGAUUUCCCUUUACCUAAGAAAGGUUAAAAAAAAAAACUACCCCCUUCCACAAGCCCUUACGCCUUCAGUGUUUGCCAAUUUGGGGGCACUGGGUGUUACCAUAACGCUUUUUGCUUUGGGGGUGAAUAGUUUGGGAUGUAACAUUCUUUCUUCUUUUCCCAGGAACCACCAAAGGAGGAUCUGACCGUUUCAGAGAAGUUCCAGUUAGUUCUUGAUGUCGCUCAAAAAGCACAGGUGAGCUGUGAUCAUGUGAUGUGAUCAUGUCUUCACCUUUGAUUUAGAAAGUGCGAGAGAUGUCACGAUGACAUCUACUUUGCGAUGUGAGGUGUUGCUCUCUAAAGUUGAUGUGCUGUUUUCACAAGAAAUGUUUGUUCUUCACAGAAUCUAUUUGGAAAGAUGGCAGAUGUCCUGGAGAAAAUAAAGAAGUGAGUGACGUGUGUGUGCCGGCACCUGUGUGUGUGUGUUUCCAGUGUAUUUAAGGUUGUUAACCAACGUGUGUGUUUCAGCCUGUUCAUGUGGGUGCAUCCUGAGAUCACUCAGAAGCUCUACAUCGGUCUGUGGGUGGCCUUCAUCUGCUCCUGUCUCCUACCCUACAAACUCAUGGGCUUCAUGAUGGGUAGGUACAAGAUGUAAAACCAUGACCUGAGAUCAGAACAGCCUUCAUGGUUAUUAUCUGACCCUGCUGGUCAUCUAUGAACACUUGAAUGUCUUGAAGAACGAUCUGGCCUUAAUGGCCAUGUACUCUUAUACAGUAAUCUCCAACCGGUACAGCCAGAAGAGGGCUGGCCACUCCUCAGAGCCUGGUUCCUCUCUAGGUUUCUUCCUAGGUUCCUUCCUUUCCAGGGAGUUUUUCCCUCUGUAAAUACAUUUGAUUGAUUGAUUGAUUGAUCAGUAUAGGGGCGACUCCCCACUACACCUACCCAGUGAUGGCCCCAAGCACUGAAAUUAGAAAAAGACGUCGAUAUACCAGAUGAAAAAAGAGAAAUGGAGAGAUCCUCUUGAUCCAUGGAAGUGGAUCUCCUCUCAUCCCUUUCCUUGUGCCACCUCUGCAGGGCUGUAUGCAGGGAUCAAGUUCUUCAUCAUCGACUUCCUGUUUCGGAGCUGUCCCAAGCUAAGGGACAAGUAUGACACGCCCCACAUCAUGUGGACCAGCCUGCCCACAGACCCCCAGCUGAAGGAGCGCGGCGGCGCUACACUGUCCAGACGGGUAUGUCUCAAACUCUGUACUAUUGUAUGUAAUACAUUUGUGUCUGCGUUGUGUACACUGAGCAUACCAAACAUUAGGAACACUUUCCUAAUAUUGAGUUGUCCUUUGGGUGGUGGAAUAUUCUUGAUACACUCCGGAGACUGUGGAGCGUGAAAAACCCAGCAAUGUUGCAGUUCUUGACAUAAACCGGUGCGCCUUGCACCUACUACCAUACCCCGUUCAAAGGUAUCUUUUGUCUUGCCCAUUCACCCUCUGAAUGGCACACAUACACAAUCCAUGUCUCAAUUGUUUCAAGGCUUAAAAAUCCUUCUUUAACCUGUCUCCUCCACUUCAUCUACACUGAUUGAAGUGGAUUUAACAAGUGACAUCAAUAAGGGAUCAUAGCUUUCACCUGGAAUUACCUGGUCAGUCUAUGUCAUGGAAAGAGCAGGUGUUCUUAAAGUUUUGUAUACUCAGUUUAUAUGUGCAAGUCUUUUGUACAUAGGUACGUAUACAUACCAGUGGAGGCUGCUGAGGGGAGGACGGCUCAUAAUAAUGGCUGGAACGGAGCAAAUGGAAUGGCAUCAAACCAUGUGUUUGACGUAUUUGAUACCGUUCCACCUAUCCCGCUCCAGUCAGUACCACGAGCCCGUCCUCACCAAUUAAGGUGCCACCAACCUCCUGUGAUACAUAAACACUUCAUAUUGAUGUGUGUCAUUGUCGCAGUUCCUCCCUAUUAACGUGGGCGUUCACAGCAGCUAGGACUGUGGGAACCCUCGUGUCAGUGUCUGAUCUCCUGAGUUUUCUGUUUCUCCCUCUCAGCUGUCUGGGUAUGAAAAGGUAGGGCUACCUAGUGUGCACUUUGGUUUUUGAGUGCCUGUGUGUACGCCACCAUCACCUGUGUGUGUCAUUAGAGCUGCAUUCCAAAUUGACCCCUUGCCCCUUUGGAAUUCAGUAGUAGAGCCAUGAUAACUGUGAGUGUCUGUGUGAAGGAUCAAAAUGUGCCCCGUAGUUUAAACAUAUGCAUCUACCACAGUGCUGUUAAAAGUAUUAUUUGGCGUGUUUAACCAAAGUUGAAUUCUUAAGAGUUUACCAUAAUGGUGUUUUGAAUGUACACGUUUGAUCCAUUCUCAGACACGAUCAGAAGGAACCCUAUAUUCAAAUUGUGUGUGUUUGUGUGUGUUGAGGAAGUAACUGGUAGAAACUGUUCAUAUAUGUUCUGGAAAGAUAGUGGUUUAUAAAUAGUAUUUGUAGUUUGUGCCAAAAGUGUGGUUGCUAGAGCGAUGUCUAUCAUAACUACUCUCCCAUAAAAUCACAUACAAUUAUUAAAGGUUGUUUUAUGUUGUUAUAAUACUUAUCAAUAGUUAUGUGUGUUUUCUGGAGAAUAUUCCUACAAAUGAUCAGCCAAAACCCGUCUGACUAUCUUUGUAUUUUAUGAUGCGUUUCAUUCUUUACACUGAAAGAUUGUUAUGGUCCCGUAUUAGUUCAUCGCUUCAUGCCUUGCAUGAUUCACACCACAACCCUAUCAUUCACAUCCCCAUAAGCAAGGUAUCCAACGCUCUCCACAAGCACCCCAGCCAAUAUACACUGCUUCCCAAACAACUGCUCACCUGAGUAAGCUUUGGGUCACCUGCGGUGAAAUGCUCUGAGUGAUGCCGAGGUCCAAGCCAAGCCGCUGGUUUGAGCGAGUCUGCUAUAAUACACAUACGCUGCUUGGGUUUAGCUAAUUCCCUUCCCACACUCUGUUCCUGGUCUAACAUGCUUCCCUCUAUCCUACUACGAAUUUUUUCUAAUUUCACAAACUCUAAGGUUCCUAUCUACUUUAAUAACACCCUUCCUCUCUACUUCCCUCUCUCCUCCUCCGUCCUUCCUCUCUCUCCUUCUCCUCCUUCCUCGUCUUUCCUCCUCCUCCGUCCUUCCCUCUCUCCUCCCUCCUUUCCUCUCCUCCGUCCUCUCCCUCCUCCCUCCUCUCCUCCGUCUUCCUCUCUUCCCUCGUUUCCUCUCUCUCUCCCUUCCGUCCUUCCUCCUCUUCCGUCCUUCCCUCUCUCUCUCCUGUUCCUUCCUCCUCCUCUCCUCCCUCCGUCCUUCCCUCUCUCCUCCCUUCCUUCCUUCCCUCCCUCUCUCCUCCGUUCUCUUCCCUUCUCCUCCCUCCUUCCUCUCUCCUCCUCCUCUCUCCGUCCUCUCUCCUCCCUCCGUGUUCCUCUCCUUCCUUCCCCUCUCCUCCUCCUCCUCUCCUCUCCUUCCUCUCUCCCUCCGUCCUUCCCUCUCUCCUCCCUCCUGUCCCUCUCUCCUCCCUCCGUCCUUCCCUCUCUCCUCCCUCCGUCCUUCCCUCUCUCCUCCCUCCGUCUUUCCCUCUCUCCUCGCUCCGUCCUUCCCUCUCUCCUCUGUCUCCGUUUCCCUCUCUAUCGUCCUCUCCCUCUCUCGUCCUUCCCUCUCUCUAUCCGUCCUUCCCCUCUCUCACUUCUCUUUCCGUUCCUCCCUCGUCCUUCCCUCUCUCCUCCCUCCGUCCUUCCCUUCUCCCUAACCUCUCCUGUCCUUCCCGCUCUCUCGCCUUCCCUCUUCCUCCCUCCGUGUUCCUUUAUCUCUUUCCUUCUCCUCCUCGUCUUUCCUCUCUCUCCCUCCGCCUUCUCUACUCUCUCCUUCCCUCUUCCUCCUAGUCCUUCGUCCGUACUUCCCCUCUCCUCCCUCUUCCUUCACCUGUCCCUCUCCUCAGCCUCCCCUAUUCAGUCCUUCCUCUCUCAUCCAUCGUCCUUCCCUCUCCGUCCUGAAAUCUCUCCUCCAUCCGUCCUUCUCUCUCCUCCCUCCGUCAUUCUUCUACUCCCUCAGUUCUUCACUCGCCCCUCCGUCCUUCCCCUCUCCUCCUCCGUCCUCCCUCUCUCUCCCUCCGUCCUUUCCCUCUCUCCUCCCUCCGUCUUUCCCUCUCUCCUCCCUCCGUCUUUCCCUCUCUCCUCCUCCGUCCUUCCCUCUCUCCCCCUCCGUCUUUCCCUCUCUCCUGCUGUGUUUUUCCCCCGUUUCUCUUUUAGAUCCAACCAGUGGUAGCUCGUGGGAGUCUAGGGACAGCCCUAGCAUGCGGUGUCAGUCUAGAGGAACAGACUGGCAGGGUCUACAAUACUAAGAAGGGUUCUUUCCACGAGGUCUUCAAUCUGUCUGAGAAUGAGCGCCCCCUAGCAGGUUGGUAGAGCACUGCAGAAUAAACCUCAGCAGCGACAGCUACGCUGUACCUGGUUAGCUUCCUCCCCUAUUACAUGUUGACCCUGUUUCCAUAGUUGAUGAUGAACUUAGUGUUUAUUUAUUGUGUUAUGUUGGUGCAGUGCAAGCGGUGAAACCAGGAGUAUUGACUGUGUGUUUGCGGAGUGGCAGACUAAUGUGUGUGUGUGUGUGUCGAUUGGUUUUGUUUGCAGUGUGUGAGAAUGGCUGGCGAUGCUGCUUGAUCAACAGGGACAGGAAGAGUCCCACUGACUACAUCCGUAAUGGGGUGCUCUUUGUCACUGAAAAGUAAGCCAUCUACUGCCAACACCUAGCUGUCACAUGUAGAAAUCACACUUGGCACCCUGUUGUGUUUUUUGUAUUAGUUUGUGUGUUCAGGUAUUGGCCUACUUCUCCAUGCUUAUUAAGUGUAUUUCUAUCCAUCCCCAGUUACCUUUGCUUUGAAAGCUCAAGCUCGAGGUCAAACUCCUCUAAAAAGAAUAAAGUAAUCAAACUGAUUGACAUCACUGAUAUUCAGAAGGUGAGUGUCUCCAUCUUCACUUCACCUUCUGUCCAAUGUCUCAAUUCACUGGUUUCUAAAAAUGUACUUCUGCAGUAGAAUGUAAAGGUUGUGGGCCUCCGAGUGGCGGAGCGGUCUAAGGCACUGCAUCGCAGUGCUAGAGGCAUUACUACAGACCCGGGUUCAUUCCCGGGCUGUGCCUCAACCGGCCGUGACCGGGAGUCCCAUAGAACGGCGCACAAUUGGCCCAGCGUCGUCCGGGUUAGGGGAGGGUUUGGCCGGUGGGGUUUACUUGGCUCAUCGCACCCUAGCGACUCCUUGUGGCGGGCCAGGUGCCUGCAGGCUGACCCCGGUCGCCAGUUGAACGGUGUUUCCUCCGACACAUUGGUGCGGCUGGCGAGUGUUAAGGAGCGCGGUUAGGCGGGUCAUGUUUUAGAGGACGCAUGACUCCACCUUCACCUCUCCUGAGCCCGUUGGGGAGUUGCAGCGAUGAGACAAGAUCGAAAUUGGGGAGAAAAAGGGGGGUAAAUUACACCCAAAAAAAAGGAAUGUGAAGGUUGUUUAUCUGUGGGGUUUUUGUCCCACAGUACAAAGUCUUGUCUGUACUGCCUGGGUCUGGAAUGGGAAUCUCCAUAGCUACACCGUCCACCCAGAAGGUAGGAACACUUAUGGACAGUCUAUUUUAGACUGUUUGUUUUCUCUCUAUUUAGGUCUGGUAGUGUUGGUCAAUAUACUGUUAAUAAAUUGAUCUGUGUCAAAAGAUGAUUUUCCACCCUCCAUCUUUCCUCUCGGAUUGUCACUCUCUCUCUCUCGCGCUCUCUCGCUCUCUCUCUUAGCCGUUGGUGUUUGGUGCCAUGAUCCACAGGGACGAGGCCUUUGAUGCCAUCUUCACACAGUACAUGAAGACAGUGGCCAUGACCACAGGCACCAACCCUGAGACCUAACAAACCAAGAUGGCUGCCUUCACCAGGGAC